UCAAUUUCUUCCUCAAGAUAAAGUGUGCGAGUUUGCGCAGAUGACACCACCGGAGUUACUUGUGCAAACUCAGAAGGCAGUUGGUGAGAAAGAAUUAAUUGAAUGGCACGAUACUCUUGUUCAGUUAAGAGAAGAAGAAAAAACUCUCACAACAUCAAUAAAGACUGAUAGUGAGCAGGUUGAAAAUCUCGAAAAGAGAAAUUCAGUUCUGGAAAAAGAUGUAACACGCUUCAGAGAAAGGGAAGCUAUAUUAAAACGGAUUCGAUUAUAUGAACUGCGUAUCCCUUUCGCCCGUUACGGUGUUGCAAAACAUAUGUAUGAUGUAGCAAAGCAGAAACGGGCGGAAACACACCUAGAGUACCAAAAUCUUGCUAAAGAGAAUGAACCUGCGACUACUAGAAAAGGUGAGCUCGAAGAAUUAGCAUCACGAGCUGCUAAAGAGAAAAAAAGAUGCACUGAAAUGUAUAACACAAAAAAACGAAAAAUGGAAGAAACUGCAAAUAGAUUAGAGCAAUCGGAAGCAACAAGUGAAAAUAUUCGAAGGGAUUUAGCAGAUCUCAAAAAAAAGGAAAGAACAAGAAAAAAUCGUAUUGCUCAACUUCGUAAUGAAAUCGCCGAAUUGGAAGAAAGAACUAGUUCCCCACCUUUAAGAAGUGAUGACUCUGAUAUUCGGCAAAAAAUGGAUGAUGUCGCACGUCGUUCAAGAGAAUUACAAUCACAGCUGAACGAUAAUAAGUUUAGCCAAGACGAAAUUAAUUUAACGGCCAGCAAUGUUGAUCGUGAGAUGCAAAGAGUAAAACAACAACUUAAAGAGCUUGAUGACGUAAAAAGGCGUCGCCUUGAAAGCAUUAGUCGUAUUGACUAUGACACUUUUCGAGCUUAUCAAUGGUUGCAACAAAAUCAGGAUAAAUUGUGUGGUCGCGUUUUUGGGCCAGUCUGUAUGGAAAUAAAUAUUAAGGAUAUGCAAUAUGCUGACGCAAUAGAGAACGCGCUAGGAAAUGUUAAUAAGAUAUUCGUAUGCGAAAUGGAACAAGAUUAUCACACAAUUACAAGAGAACUUUGCGAUAAUCGCCGCAUGAAAAUAAAUGUAUUUUUCCCUAGAGCAACAAUGGAUUCAUUUCCACCACCCAUGUCACACCAACAGCUUAGAUCUUAUGGCUUUGAAAAUUACCUUUUGGAUUUAAUAGAAGCACCGCCGCGACUGCAAGCAGCACUUUGUGAUAUGUCUAAAUUGCAUGCAAUUCCAUUGGCGAGGAAUGAGUCGGAUAUCAAUCAUGAUUUUAUUAAGGGCAAUAGAGCCUUUUUUAAAUAUUAUGCCGGGGAAACGUCUUAUUCGGUUUCGUUUUCCAAAUAUGGUCAAAAGUUUUCACAAGUCCUCACUAAUAGAAUAAGGCCAUCAAAGUUCUUCACUGCUACGAUGAAUCUCGAAGAAAAACAAGAACUUGAAAGACAACUCCACGGAUUUCAGAUAACGUUAAAUCAAUCUGAUCAAUCUCUCACUAGUCUAAGAAAAGAGUAUGGGAAUCUUCAAAAAUCCAUUGAUUUGUUGUACGGUGAACGGAAUACACUCAACGAAGAAAAACGCAAAAAUCAACUUGCUUUGAAAGAAUUUGAAAGGUUGAAAGUUAGACUUGGCACAAAAAGAGACCAAUUGCAACGUGAACUCGAACAACCCGCUUCAAUAAUGGACGAAGAAAAUGCAUUGAGAAGAGACUUUAGUAAAAUUGCGAAAAAGCGAGGACAACUUGUUAUACAAAUUAAAAAAAUUAUGGAGGAAUGCAUGCAGCUAUUUUCAGAGAGAAUUUUGGCAACAUUAAAGCAUAUGCAAGCUUCAUCAGAUCUCAAUGCUCUAGAAAGACAAACUCAAGACAGAGAUGAAGCAUUAAAACAGGCGCAUGCAAAGUUUUCAGAAGCUGAUGUAAGAUUUAAUAGAGCUAAAUCAGAAGCAAGGCGUUUACUUAACGAAGCGAAUGCUGGAAUUGAAGGUAUUGAUUCAGAAACUAGUCGCGCAUUACAAGAGCUUAGCCAGGGAAUGACACUUGAAGAACUUGAAGAUGCGGUUGCAAGUGAACGUGCUAAAGCUGAUUUACACUAUGCAAUUGAUUCACGUGUUAUUGAAACAUAUGAAACAAGGAAAGCUGAGAUUGAUUCAAUCAAGUCUAGAUUGUCAAUUAAAACAUCUCGAUUGGCGAAAUUGACUAGUGACUUAGUGACUCUGAGGGAAAAAUGGGAGCCACGACUGAAUUCUCUAGUUAAAGAAAUUAGUCAAGGAUUUUCUAAUGCGUUUGACCGUAUUGGAUGUGCUGGCGAGGUUCGUGUCAGUACCCACGAAGAUUAUGACAAAUGGGGUAUUGAUAUUUUGGUGAAAUUUAGAGAUAAUGAAAGACUCCAGGUAUUAACAGGUCAAAGGCAGUCAGGCGGUGAACGAUCUGUUUCAACAAUAAUGUACUUAAUGGCGCUACAAGAGCUGUCUAAAACUCCAUUUAGAGUUGUUGAUGAAAUAAAUCAAGGAAUGGAUCCUCGUAAUGAGCGAUUGGUACAUAGUCAAAUGGUUCAAACUGCUUGUCGCCCUAAUACAUCGCA